AAAAGAAAAGAGAGCCCGAUCCAUCUCGCAUUCUCUCUCGCCAGCGACCAGCAAAGCAGCCAGCCCUCUCUCCCUCCGGUCUCCGGCUUCGCCUUCACGACGCCCGCUCCAAUCUCCUUCUCGCUGACACUUUAUUCCAUCCUCCUCCUCCAACAAAGGCCAAAACCCAAAGCCACACCCCCACCCCCCACUCCGCACAUGGAGGCGCGCGCUUGGGAGAGGCGGGCCGGCUAGGUCUCGCUCCCUGUCCCUCGUUCCCAACCAUGGCGACGCCGACGGUGUCUGCCGCCGCCGCCGCGCUGCUUCACCCGGCGGCGACCGCCUCCUCCUUCCCCACCGCCUCCGCGCGGCGCGUCGGGCCCAGCAUCGGCCCCGGGAACGGAAGCAAUGCCUCCGCCGUGGCGCGGCGAGGCGCGGUGCGCGCGAGGGUGGCGGCGGCGCCUGCGUCUGCGGUCGAAGGAUGCAGGCAGGACUCGUCCGCUCCCCCCGCCGCCGCCGCGCCCGCCGUGGAGAUCCCCGUCACGUGCUAUCAGGUUCUAGGUGUUACGGAGAAGGCUGAGAAGGACGAGAUUGUGAAGGCGGCAAGCGAGCUGAAGAAGUCGGAGAUUGAAGAUGGAUACACUGACGAGGUGUCCAAUUGCAGACAGGCUCUGCUGGUAGAUGUGAGGGAUAAACUCCUCUUUGAACAAGAGUAUGCGGGAAGCAAAAGGGCAAACGUUCCACCCAGAUCCUCUCUUCAUAUACCUUGGAGUUGGUUGCCUGCUGCUUUGUGUGUCUUGCAGGAGGUUGGAGAAGAGAAGCUGGUUUUGGAAAUUGGCCAGGCAGCUCUGCGACGUGCUGAUUCUAAGCCAUAUGCUCAUGAUGUACUUCUUGCAAUGGCACUGGCUGAAUGCUCUAUUGCAAAAGCUAGCUUUGAGAAAAGUAAAGUAUCUCUUGGCUUUGAGGCUCUAGCACGUGCUCAAUAUCUUUUGAGGAAAAAACCAUCAUUGGAGAAGAUGUCCCUUCUUGAACAGAUCGAAGAAUCUCUUGAAGAGCUUGCACCUGCUUGCACUCUAGAGCUUCUAAGCCUGCCUCGCACACCUGAAAAUUCUGAACGCAGGCGAGGUGCUAUUGCAGCUCUCUGUGAAUUGCUUGGACAGGGCCUUGAUGUUGAAUCCUCUUGUAGAGUUCAUGAUUGGCCUUAUUUCUUGAGCCAAGCCAUGGAUAAGCUAUUAGCCACUGAAAUCGUGGAUCUACUUUCUUGGGACUCUUUGGCUACAACUCGGAGAAACAAAAAAUCGUUGGAGUCUCAGAGCCAGCGAGUGGUAGUUGACUUCAACUGCUUCUACAUGGCGAUGCUUGCACACCUUGCAUUUGGAUUUUCAACCCGACAGACUGAAUUGAUCAGUAAAGCUAAAACCAUCUGUGAAUGUUUAGUUGCAUCUGAGAACACAGACCUGAAAUUUGAGGAAUCGUUUUGCUCGUAUCUUCUUGGAGAGGAAUCUGGCGCCACAGUUUUUGAAAAGCUUCAGCAGCUUCAAAGCAAUGGAAGUUCCAAUUUAAGAAAUUAUGGGUUAGCUAAAAAGAAAGAUAGCAGUGACAAGGUUACUGUCAACCAAUCACUGGAGCUGUGGCUGAAGGAUGUGGUGCUGUCUCGUUUUGCAGAUACAAGAGAUUGCCCACCAUCUUUGGCCAACUUCUUUGGGGCUCCUAAGCGCAUCCUUAGUACUUCAAAGCAGAAACUAGGAGCCACAAGAAUGGUCCUUUUGAGCUCUCAGAUGUCUUCUAGUUCCUCACAAUGCAACAGAACUUCAGGGCCGCAGAAUCCAAGAUUAAAUUCUAGCAGCCAUCUCGGGGAAGCUGUAAAGCAACUUGCCCCAACAACCCUGGGGGGACAUUCAUCAUUGGACAGGCCAGUAAAUGGUUCGAGUGCAGCAUCUGUUCCCCUGAAGCGUAAUUCUGGAUCCCAUCCUGUAAGAACCUUGGAAUCAUGGGGCCUAACUGGGGAAGUUGUAGGAAAAAUUGCCUAUACUGCAUUCCUGGGGUUUUCCCUAUAUGGUACAUUAAAACUGCUCAGGUUUCAAUUUGGACACACGAAACCUGCUGCCACGACUAGGGAGUCUGCAGCCACAUUAUCUCUGAAUGAAGCAUCUACCUCAGAAGGUUCUUUUAUCAGUAACAGUGUUAGGAGACGUUUUGAAAAGCUGUCAAAAAUGAUUUGGUUGAACAAUAGGGCCCACUCUAGAAGUGAAGAUCCUGUGGCUAAUGCUGUUGCGGCUACAGUUUGUAAGGAAAACAUGUCUCUUCAAGAAGCAGAAGCACUCGUGAAGCAGUGGCAAGAUAUCAAGUCUGAAGCUCUUGGCCCUGACUAUCAAAUUAAUAUGCUCCCUGAGAUCCUUGAUAGUUCAAUGCUCUCAAAGUGGCAAGAUUUGGCUUUGUUGGCAAAGGACCAGUCAUGUUACUGGAGAUUUGUUUUGUUGAAUCUCUCUGUUGUUCGAGCUGAGAUACUGUUGGAUGAGGUUGCUGCUGGUGAAGUGGCAGAAAUUGAUGCUGUGCUCGAGGAAGCGGCUGAGCUUGUCGAUGACUCCCAGCCCAAGAAACCUAGUUAUUACAGUACAUAUGAAGUUAAGUACGUGCUCAGGAGGCAGAAUGAUAGUUCAUGGAAAAUCUGCGAGGCUGCUGUCCAGGACCUGACAUGAUUUUUGCCAAAAGGAUGAACGUGUCAACUGAUAGGUCACAGAGCACCGUUUAAGCCAAGUUCCAACAUAUUAGAAACCUAUAGGUCAUGAUUAGAUCACCUUUGAACCAAUUCUAGUGCGUGCAACAGCUUGGUGAGUUCCAUUCGGUUCUCGAAUAUCCUGGUGCAUUGCAUCAGGAUCUGACACAAGACCUGCUGAUUUGCUACGUUAGUACAGUUGCUAACCUCUGCUGAUAUCACAUACCUUCAUUUCUUCUCAUCUACGCUGUUAAAUUUGCAAAUAUUUGUUGGGGGCAUAAGUGCCCCACAUGUAGGUGAAUUGGGGUAGCCAUUGUUCAUUGUUCAAAGAACAAUGCAGCUUGUUAAACUUUUUCCUGUGUUUUAACUGUAGGCCAAGCUUCCACUCCUCAUCCCCUUUAUUUCCUGGAAGCUUUUCCUUUGUUCAAGCUUACUUAUUUCAACUUUGAUCUCUGUUAGAUACGAUAGAAGCAUUAUCAUGGACUUUUGAGUUCGAGUUCUGUAAAGUACACAAGUGUGCCAUUUGAGCUUCAGAAAUAUGCGUUUCAACGGAUUCUCAA